GUGGCCCUGAGACCGCUCUCCUACCAGCUGGAGAAAGAGGGAGAGCGCUUUGGCCUGACCCUGGACACUCAAGGCUUUUCCCCAGAGGAGCUGUCUAUCAGGCAGGUGGGCAGGAAGCUGAGAGUCAGCGGGAAGACAGAGAAGAAGCAGGAGGACCGGAAAGGCUCCUACUCUUACAGACGCCAGGAGUUCAGACAGGAGUUUGAUCUGCCUGAAGGGCUGAACCCCGAAGCCGUCACCUGCUGCCUGGCUCCAGACGGGAAGCUCCACAUCCAGGCGGCCAGAGCUCCAUGUGCUGAGGAGGCUGAGAGAGAGCUGACCAUCAAGAGGAGCUCGGAGGAGAAACCACAGCAGGGUGUGUGUUCACACACAGAAGGCAGCAGCACAGAGACACACAACAGCACACAGGACAAACCUGAAGACAUGGACUCAGCUACAUGUUGUUCUAACAAUGUGCAGUAAAUGUGGCUUAUAAAUGUGUUGAAUGAUGAUUAUCCCCGCAACCCUGUACGCAGGAUAAGCGGUUGA